AUGGAAAUCACCAAAAAUAAUAAUAAUAAUUCACAAUCAACAUCAAAUUAUGAAUCAACGAUUCCACAACAAAUAUCAACUCAAUAUCCAGGAGGAGGAGGAGGAGGAUCACCUCUUGAUCAAUCCCUAUCGCCAUCAUCACAGCCAAGAGAACGUCUUCCAACUACUAUACUUGGUAUCUUGAAGGAAUGUAAUAUUGGGUCAUCUCCAAUUUCACUCGGAAAUUGUAAAAGUGAUACCAUGGAAAAGGAAUGGCUUUUAAAAUGUAUAGUUGUUUUAAUUGAUCAUUUAUUAUCAAUUGGUGAUAAUUAUUCAAAUAAUCAUCAAGAAUUUUUACCAGAUAAUAUGAGAUUACCAAUGAUUACUGUUGAUAUGUAUAUAACCAGAAUUAUGAAAUAUUCUCCAUGUUCAAAAGAAUGCUUUAUCACCAUUCUCAUUCAAGUUGGAGGAGUAUCAGUUGAUGAAAUCAAUCGUAUGGAGAUUGAUUUAUUGAAAUUAUUAGAGUUUGAUUUAUCGGCCAAGGUUGAACUCUAUAAUGAAUACUGUAAAUACAUCGAAUUAUACAACUCGAAACUCCAAUCUUUUUUAAAGGUGGCCACCCCAAUCGAUUUACGUUUAGUUAUUACUGAUCCCUAUAUUUUAAACUUUGGAAAAAACCUCCCACCUACUUGUUUAUCACAAUCUCUGUCGUCUUUUAAUAGUAUAAACUCAAACACUAAUAAUCAAAAUGGUAAUAAUCAUUUAUCGAAUCAUCUAGUCCCAAAUCAAGUUAAACAACAACAACAGAAAAGUAAUAGUAGUAAUAAUUUAAAAAAUCAACAACCAACUAAUCAACAACAACAAUCUCAGCAACAAUCUCAACAACAAUACCUUCAUCAACAACAACAACCAAUAUCAUCUACAUUUCGAUAUCAUCCUCAACCGAACGCAGUUGCUUGA